AUGUUCCUUCUUUUCUUUGCCGCCACCGCCGCCGCCGCGGUCUUGUUCCUCCUCCGCAUUCCCUCGGUAUGGCAGUCGCUCAUGGCACUCGACGACGCCGGCGACAUGCACGAACUCGGCAUGGCAUUGGUGGCUGCACGUAAUCCGUUUAGGGAGCAGGGCCCUCCAGUGUGCAUGGCAAAGCUCAUCAUGCUCCGCCACAAGUUGAACCAGGUCAACUCGCGAAAACAGCGCCGGUCACCGUCACCCGCGCGUCAGGCGCGCGCGUGCCCGCCUCCACGCCAGCGCUCGCCCGCCCUGCCGUGGGUCCGGAUGCAGCACCGCGGCAGCCUGUCGCACAAUUGA